GGCGGCGCGCGUGCAGCGGGGGCGCGCGUGAGCGGAAAAGAGCGAGCAAGCUAAGCGAAAGAGGCCGGCAGGCUGCUGUGCUGGAGUCGGAGCGGGUAGGGGCCGGAGGAGCCAAGUCGGCUCUUCGUUUUGGCCCCGCACUGAGGGAGGGGGCAGGUUGAUGCCCGCCUCACAGAAUGGAUCAGGCCUGCGAAGUGAGCAGGAGGGGCUGCCUGCUUGCUUUCGCCACUCCUUUGGGGCUAGAUGCGCCGGAGGAGGACGGGGACAGCAGCCCUUAUGCGGGGGAGGGUCGGAGCGGUAGCCGCGAGCUCCCUAAUGGGUGCACCGUGGCGCUCCCUCCAGCAGCGUCCAAGGCUGCAUACGGCCAAGACCCUUCCUCCUGCUAUAUCCCGUUGCGCAGGCUGCAGGAUUUGGCCUCCAUGGGCAAUGCUGAAUAUUUGAAUGGCUCAAAAGAUGGCUCUGAUUCCUUGCAGGAGCUGGAAAUGAGUGACUCCAGCCCGGACUCCCUGGAGCUUUGCAGUUCUUCGUUGUUAGGCGGCCCCAAAGACUACCCUCUGCAGGAUUCUGCCAGGCUUCUGGAUUUUGAGACUUUUUCUCCUCCAUCGGAGGAAGACAAGGAGGUGGAUUCGGAAGCAUCGUUCAUCACAGCCACAGAGGAAAAUCCAGAGGAAGAGAUUCACCUGAGGAUGGAAACUAGAGCUGCAGCCACCUGCAGUAAGGAUACUGAGUCUGGAAACAGGGCAGACCUGAGCCAAGACCUCCAGCUAGGAGACUGUAUAGAAAUUAGACCCAAUGAGACCAUUUCUGCCCUCUUAUCAACCCCAGUUCCUCCUCCAGAGUAUGUACAAAAUAAUUCUUACCAAGAGUCUGCUAUAGGGAGCCGAACUGAGAAAGCAGACCUACCCUCAAUGCCUUAUUUACCAGGAGAUGCUGACCUGAGAAAAGAAAACCAAUUCAGCAUCAUGAAAGUAUCUGAAAAGGAAGAUCCAAAUCGGAGCCCCAUCACCUUAGGAAACUUGAUAGAAAGGCUUGAAUCUUCAAUUACUGCAAAUCCACCAACUCCAGGAUUACCAUCUGGCCGAACCAAGAAGAAACCUGCUCCAGUGAAAUAUGAAGCUGGAGAUCUUGUAUGGGCCAAGUUCAACAGACGUCCAUGGUGGCCCUGUAAAGUUUGUCAUGAUCCUGUAUUAGACACUCAUUCAAAAAUGAAAGUUACUAAUCGCAAGCCAUAUCGAGAGUAUUAUGUGGAAGUGUUGGGUGAUCCAUCUGAAAGAGCCUGGGUGGUAGGAAAAGCUAUCGUGAUCUUUGAAGGAAGACAUCAGUUUGAAGAACUACCUGUCCUUCGGAGAAGAGGGAAGCAAAAAGAGAAAGGUUACAGGCACAAGGUUCCUAAGAAAUUUAUGGCUAAAUGGGAGAUCAGUGUCGGCCUUACUACUGAAUAUCUUAAGCAGACUGGCAUGAAAAAAUGUAUUCGGGCUUCUAGCAAAUUGGACAGCGUCCAUUUAAUGGGAUCAUGUAAAAAGGAUUCCUUAAACGAGCAGAGCAAGCAACUGAAUGGAUGUUUGAAGCCAUUAGCAUUUGAUUCUAAACAUUUGCCCCAUGAUAAAGGGAAAAUAUUUACUAAAUCACAAAUGAGGAAGAGCUCUGAUGCAAGGAAGGGGAAUAGAGUAAAAAAAUGUAGCACCAAGACAGAGUGCGGAGGGAAAGUGCUAAUAAGCGAAGUUAAAAAUACGGUUUCUGAAAACAUGCCAGAUAAGCAGGCAUCUCAUGAACUUUGCAGAACAGGAAAAGGCUUUAUGGGUUCCAAAUGCACUGUGGAAAACUACUUGCUCUCUUCUUUUGGGGAAAGACAAUUUGAAAAUAAAACUAAGAAAGCAGAAUAUGACAUCUCUCAAAGAGACUGUCAAUAUGAGUCCUCCAAAAUAGAUUUGAAGAAAAAGAAAAACUCCUCAGGCUUCAUGUCCAGUUCAAAACUACAGCGGCCAUAUUCUGGAACUGAUGGUGGAAAGGAGAGAAAAAAAGAAAUGGACUCUGAUGGUACCUGCAAUCUAGAUCCCGUUGACCAAAGUAUUGCAGCAGCAUAUAGAGACCUGAAAAAUUGUAGCUCUAUGAACAAAAGGGGAAAGGAACUGUCUUCAGGGCAAAGAAGCAUUAAACGUCCCGUGUCUCUCUCCAAAAGUAGUAAUAGAAACCGGAAACCUCUGGAAGGCUCUUUAGAUAGGAAUACCAAUGUUGAAGUAGGAGGUGAGGAAUUCCAUCAGCCAUCCUUUGAAGCUGAGAUGGCAUCUGCUUACCGGAAUGACAAUCUUGCCAUUAUAGAUAAGCACACUACACUCCAAAGUAAAGGGUUUACAAGUCACAUGGAUAUAAAACAGCUUCAAUUCAGAACUAUAAAAUGCAAACAUAAAGGAUCCACUGCUUCAACAGAAUCAUCUCUUAAGAAGGAUGAAUGUACCCCUGACUGCUGCUUUUCUGCUACCAAAGGUGCUCCUGGGUUUCAGUUAGAUACAUCUGCCAAAAGUGGAAAGCUUGAUGGCUCUAAACUGCCGAACAGCCCUAGAGAGAAAUCCCGUGGUUCUGCUGAAAUAGAAACGUCUGUCAUGAAACAUGUACUUUCUGAACUGAAGGAGCUAUCCUAUAGAUCCCUGAAUGAUAAAGCUAAGGACUGUGGGCCACCUAAGACUGCAGUGCCCUUACUCUUUUCAUCUGUCUCGGGGCAGAAUCACUUGCCCAUUGAGCCUGAUUACAAAUUCAGCACCUUAUUAAUGAUGUUGAAAGAUAUUCACGAUAGUAAGACGAAAGAGAAACAGAUCAUGACCACUCAGAACCUUGUCUCCUGCAGAAGUUCUAACAGUGGCGAAAGUGCUGGAAGUAACACUCCGAGUGAUUUGACAUCUUUGCCUACAAUGGGAGCAACUCCUAAAUUAGAAAAAAAUCAAGAUAGUGUUCAAGAACCAGAGUGUCAUAAACCCAAAGAAGUUGUAAAUCCAGAGAAGAAGCGCCUUAGAAAACCAAGUAAAAGGCUUCUGGAAUAUGCAGAAGAAUAUGAUCACAUAUUUGCACCGAAGAAGAAAAAAAAGAGUCAGGAAUCAUUUCGAAAGACAAAUUCUCUGGAGAAGUCUGAAACCAAACAGAAAAGCAGUAUUGGAAAACAAGCACAUAAUAAACAUCUUGAGCAGAAGCCCUUGGAUUCAGUUUCAUCCCCUUCUUCAUCAAAAGAAUCUCCUCCAGUCCUUGAAGCUGAGCGUCCUCUGUCAGAUGAGCCUGACGGCCAUUCCAGGGAACCAAGACUGGAAAUGCCAGUUUUGACAUUAUUUUCACCAAACGUGUUGGAAGCUGUUGCUGCUGCUUCUCAUUCACAAGGAGAAGAACCAUUAAUGAAAUCAGGGAGCUUUGAGAGUAAGCGCCAGCGGAAACCAACAAAAAAGCUCUUGGAAUCCAAUGAUUUAGAUACAACGUUUAUACCAAAGAGAGAGUGGACCUCUAUCAAGAAGUGUUCUGAGGCUGGUCCUUUGGAUACUGAAAUGCCUGAGUUUUAUUCCACAUCUCAGCUCUUAAAUGCUGGCGAAGCUCCUGAAAAGGUUUCUGGGAAACAGAGGAAGAGAAAACGUCAGCGGCGCAUCUUUGCAGCAACUCCCUAUAAAAAAGAAAAGAGUGGCAGUGCCCAGGAGGAGACUCCAAACACUGAGGGUGACAGAUCUACUCAUGGAAUAGCUGGAAGCCCCAAGGAAACUACUGAGGAAAGUUCUGAAAAUGAUCAUGGGUUGCCUUCAUCCAAAAAGAUGCAGGGGGAACGAGGUGGAGGAGCUGCUCUCAAGGAGAAUGUGUGUCAGAUCUGUGAAAAGCCAGGUGAACUGUUGCUAUGUGAAGCUCAGUGCUGUGGUGCUUUCCACCUGCAGUGCCUCGGACUCUCAGAAAUGCCGAAGGGCAAGUUUAUCUGCACUGAGUGUUCCACAGGAGUUCACACAUGUUUUGUAUGCAAGAAUAGUGGGAAAAAUGUGAAGCGUUGUUUGCUUCCUCUGUGUGGCAAAUACUAUCAUGAAGAAUGUAUACAGAAAUAUCCUCCCACAGUCAUGCAGAACAAAGGCUUUCGCUGCUCACUACAUAUCUGUAUGACAUGCCAUGCUGCUAACCCAGCCAAUAUUUCUGCAUCUAAAGGUCGCUUGAUGCGUUGUGUGCGGUGCCCUGUUGCAUACCACUCAAACGAUUUCUGCCUUGCUGCUGGGACAGUGAUCCUUGCUUCUAACAGCAUGAUCUGCCCCAAUCAUUUUACCCCUCGAAGGGGCUGUAGAAACCAUGAGCAUGUAAAUGUCAGCUGGUGUUUUGUUUGCUCAGAAGGUGGAAGCCUUUUAUGCUGUGAGUCGUGCCCUGCUGCGUUCCAUCGGGAGUGUCUGAACAUUGACAUGCCAGAGGGGAGCUGGUACUGUAAUGACUGCAAGGCUGGCAAGAAGCCGCAUUAUAAGGAAGUGGUCUGGGUGAAAGUGGGGCGUUACAGGUGGUGGCCAGCUGAGAUUUGCCACCCUAGGACCAUUCCUAUCAACAUUCAGAAGAUGAAACAUGUCAUUGGUGAAUUCCCUGUCCUUUUUUUUGGAUCAAAUGAUUACCUUUGGACUCACCAGGCUCGAGUGUUUCCUUAUAUGGAAGGAGAUGUGAGCAGCAAGGACAAGAUGGCAAAGGGGGUAGAUGGCAUUUAUAAGAAAGCUCUGCAGGAAGCUGCUGUGAGAUUUGAAGAAUUAAAGGCACAGAAGGAACUGCGUCAGCUACAAGAAGACAAAAAGAAUGAUAAGAAACCCCCACCAUACAAACAUAUUAAGGUAAACAGGCCUGUGGGCAAAGUGCAGAUCUUCACAGCAGACUUGUCUGAAAUACCACGCUGCAACUGCAAGCCCGCAGAUGAAAACCCCUGUGGCUUAGACUCAGAGUGUAUUAAUCGCAUGCUGCUGUAUGAAUGUCACCCUGCGGUUUGCCCCGCUGAAGAACGCUGCCAGAACCAGUGUUUCACCAAGCGGCAGUACCCAGAAGUAGAAAUUUUUCGUACUUUAGCACGUGGCUGGGGCUUGCAAGCUAAGAGAGACAUUAAAAAGGGUGAGUUUGUAAAUGAGUAUGUGGGGGAAUUGAUAGAUGAAGAAGAAUGUCGGGCCAGAAUCCGCUAUGCUCAAGAGCAUGACAUCACCAACUUUUACAUGCUGACUUUGGACAAGGAUCGAAUAAUUGAUGCUGGACCAAAGGGCAAUUAUGCUCGAUUCAUGAACCAUUGUUGCCAGCCAAACUGUGAGACACAGAAGUGGUCAGUGAAUGGAGAUACUCGGGUUGGGCUGUUUGCCCUUACAAAUAUUAAGGCAGGGACCGAGCUGACUUUUAACUACAACCUGGAAUGUUUGGGGAAUGGCAAAACAGUUUGCAAGUGUGGAGCACCAAACUGCAGUGGCUUUCUUGGCGUUCGACCAAAGAACCAGCCACCUGCCACGGAAGAGAAAUCUAAAAAAUGUAAGAGGCGGCAUGGAAAGCGCAAGUCACAGACAGAAAUCAUGAAAGAGCGGGAAGAUGAAUGUUUCAGCUGUGGAGAUGGUGGGCAGUUGGUUUCCUGUAAGAGACCAGGCUGCCCAAAAGUCUACCAUGCUGACUGCCUCAAUCUAACUAGGCGACCUGCAGGGAAGUGGGAAUGUCCUUGGCAUCAGUGUGAUGUAUGUAACAAAGAAGCAGCCUCCUUCUGUGAGAUGUGUCCCCGAUCGUUCUGCAAACAGCAUCGGGAAGGCAUGCUGUUCAUCUCCAAACUGGAUGGACGCCUGUCAUGCACAGAACAUGAUCCUUGUGGACCUAACCCUCUAGAGCCAGGAGAGAUUCGUGAGUAUGCGCCUCCCACAGAAUCAGCAGCUGGCUGCCAAAACACUCAGCCACCAGACCAGCAGCCUGCGGCUACAGGCCCGAAAUCUCAGUCCUCAGAGAGGCUUCCUCUGACUGUGUCCCUGAGGCUGCAAUCCUCAGAUAAACCACCUUCCUCUUCAUUGGCUCUGAGGCUACAGUCCUCAGACAAGCCGCCUUCCUCGGUGGCCCUGAAGCUACAGCCCUCAGAUAAACCACCCUCUACAGUGGCACUGCGGCUACAACCAGCAGACAAACUGCCCUCUGCCCUGGCCCUGAGUUUAAAACCCUCUGACAAAUUGCCCUCCACCCUGGCCUUGAGGUUCAAGCCUUCAGACAAACUGUCCUCCGCCCUGGCCCUUAGAUUGCAGUCAUCAGACAAGCCACUUUCGGCGGUGGCUCUUAGGCUACACCCCUCAGAGAAGUCGGGACCCACGGUGGCCCUCAGGCUGCGGGCCUCAGAAAAGCUAGCCUCCCCCGGGGCCCGGAAGGGGCAACCCCCCGAGAAGCCGUCCCCUGCCGUAGUUCGGGAGGGACAGCCUUCUGCCGCCACCGAGGAGAAGCCACCUGGAUCUGAGACAGCAGCCGACUGCUCGGCCCUAGAGACGCCCAGGAGUUCAGACCCAUCACCUUCGGCGAGUGCUCCCCGGCCCAUGUUGCUAGAUAAGCCCCCCGCCACCCCGCCGCCCCGCGGGCAGGUAGUGGACAGAGCUGCAGAACCUGACUCUCUCAGGCCUCCACCACAGGGCAGGGACAUUUCUGUGGGGCCGCUGCCUCAGCCUCCAGGGAAGGCGGCCCCUUCGCUGAGCCUGAAGCCGCAGCCGCCAGUCAGACCCGUCACCCCGGUGGCCCUGAGGUCUAAGCCGUCAGAGAGGCUAGUCGCUCCGACCGGCUCACCGCCUCAGACGCCCAACAGGCUGCCUACCCCCAUGGACGCUCGGCCUGUACCGUCUGACAAGCCUUCUACCACCGCGGGCCUGAGGCCUCAGCUCUCAGACAGGCUUCCUGCCCCACUAAACCCCAGGCCUUUGCUUUCAGAGAAAGCACUGCGGCCGGUCGACCAGAAUGCUCAACCCAAAGAAAGAGGCUUUGUGACUGUGGAGCAGAACCCUCAGCCGAAAGAACGGACAUCUGUAUCUGGCGAGCAGUCUUGUCGGCCGACGGGGAAAUGUCCACCCUUCCCGGGGCAAACUACCUGCCCGCUAGAGAACUUGCAAAUGCACGAAAAGACCUCUUGGCUUAGUGCAAAAGGGCUGCCACCCGUGGAGCAAUCAUUUUGGACAGCUGAGAAACUGCAGUCUCCUGAGCACAGUCUCUGUCCAGGCCAAGAAGCAAUAUCUGUACCCUCCACGGAGCAGACAUUUUGGUCAACAGAGAGAUUGUCUGUGUUUGAACAACCCCCUUGGCCCGGAAGGGAAGCUCCACUGCCUUCUGGGCAAACUUCAUGGCUGACCAGAAACAUUCAGACAUUGGAGCAGAUAUCUUGGCUCUCUGGGAAAACACAAACGCCUGUGGGGCAGGGCAUCUUGCCUUUGUCUGAGCAAAAUGCGGUGCUAGGACUGGACCAGGACUCUCCUGGCCACGAACCUCCUGAGUCUAAAUCUAAGUGAAGCCAGUUUAAAGCCAGACGGGUCACCAUAUUUGUUUCGGUUGGUUUUUUAAUUGUAUGGGAAAGGAUUCUUUUGUUCAUUUGUUGUUUUCUUUUUAAUUCACUUCCCCAGAUUCUUAACCUCCAGCAUCAUUUUGCUCAACCUAUACAGAUACAUUUUUAUUAAAUCUCUAUGAUGCCCAACCAAGGAGCAAGAAUGUAGGUGGUCUGUACCUUCAUUUUGCAAACAAUAACACUGAAAUAAAGGAACCUACUUGGGAUAAAAUACUUAAUGUUUGUGAGUCUGAGUAACAGACUUGCAUUCCUAGAUUAUUCCCUUGUAGCUCCAAAGAAAUAGUGUGUUAUCAUAACAGAGUUCUACACUGGCCCCUCAAGUUUCCAAAAUGCUUAACUAACGAACCCAGAUAUUGAGGGCAUAAAAGGAAAUGCAGCAGGAUUUUAGUCUUUAAUUUUCAUUCCUUGCAGUCCAACUUUCAGGAGUGAUCGUUUGAAUAUAUGCUGUCAGGGUGGAGCUUUUCAAAUGCAGGUGCUUUAAAAAAAUACUUGAAGUUAGUUGAGGACCUCAGUUCUGCAAAACAGAACAACUUGUGCCUCUGUGAACCUAGGUCUUACAGUGGGAGUAUUCAGAAAUACUAUCCGGUAGAUUCUUUGGGACUUAGAUCUUUAGUGCAAUGGCGUUAGAGCUCCCUCUUCCAACAGAGUUUUGACCACUAAAUAAAAGAGCAGGUUAGAAAAAUAAGUACGUUUUUGCUGAGCUUUUCAGUGCAGCAUUGCUGUUAGGUUUUGUUUUGUUUUUACAGUUUGUUCACCACAGUCAUCUUGUAGUAAAAAUGAUUAGCCAGUGUGGACAAAUAAAACUAAUUUUUCCCUUUUCCACAGCAAACCUGAUUAAAAAUAAUGUUUGCAUUAUGUAUGGGUGUAUUUCUAAAUCAUGGGCUAAUUCAGAAAAUUAAACAAUUGAUGGCCUAUAUGAGAAUAAAUGUUCAAGAUGAAAAGUGAAUAUUAAUACUCCAAUUAGUGUCUAGCUUAGUAAGCCUUUCAUAUUGCCUCCAGCAACACUCCCACACCCCACCUGCAGAAAGUUGACUUGAAUUUAAUGGGGUGGCCCUGAGGUGUCCCGUCAUAUCAGAAAGAGAGAUAGCUGAGGUCGUAGUUCUCACACUGGAACAUGAAGAGUUCCAGCACCUGGUUGAGGUUCUCAUUCUUUUUUCUUCAUUUUCCAGUCAAUGCAAUAUUUUAUUCCUGACAGGUUGCUAGGUUGGUAGUACUGUCUUUCAAUCUGGUGGAAACAUCUAAUAUUACAUACACAGACUGAAUAUUAUCUGCACCACAGAAAUAUAGCUUGCUAUGGUACUGAUGGUGGUUUCUUUAAAAUUGUAGUUGGGGAUCAGAGAAAUUAUUGCUUCACCCUGAAUAUGGCGAUAUUACUCACUAUGCAGGGACUUCACAUACCUAAUAAUAGCUUCCAUUUCAUACUACGAAGUCAGCAAGCUAUUUGACCGUUCUUAAAGGUUGCCACCCUUCUAUUUGCCUGAGCAUCUGAACUCUCACAGACUGUUAAGCGCCAGUUUGAAGCAGAAACUUUUUGACUAGCUCCCAUUUGAUCCUCUUUAGAUGUCCACAUUUUUGCACAGAGCAGGAGUUCUAACUCUGUCCCAGUCUAGAGCCUCUCAUCUUGGAAUAGAUAAUGCUGGGGUAUUCAGGGCCUGUAGGCAAUCAUCAAUGUUGCAGCAGCAGUUCAAAUUCAGAUCCAUUACUUUUUCAAUGUUGGCUUUCCACAAUGACAGUAUCUACUCGGCACUGCGAAAUAUUCCCUACCUGGUUGUGCAUCUCAUCCUCUUCUCUGAUUCAUUUCAUUCUCUCCAAGUACAGCUAAUGACUUUGUAAAGCAUUAUGACUAAUGGAACCUUAGUGCUUAAAGUUGGUUUUCCUUGAACACCUGCAGGCUGAGCGCCGCUCAUUGCUGAAAAUGGCGAAAUGCAAACACCUUUUGUUUCUGCAUGACUCCUGCACAAAAGGAAACAGGACAGUUCUUCUGAAUGAGACAGAUACAAGAAACCAAGGGCAUUUUACCAAAACUUUUUGAAAUGAAAAGACCCACCAUUUUGAACAAUCAAGCAAGCAAGUCAAGCCAAUCACGAGGCUCAGCCUAUUAAACAUUUCUCAUGUGGAAACAAAAUAAAGCUCUAAAUUUUAUGUCUCUAGGCCUUCCCAUGAGCUGGACUUUGUCAUGUAGAUUGUGUGUUUAGGGCUUCCUUUGUGCCAGCCCCUGCCCUCCCUUCACAGCUGUACCUGUAAGAAGAGAGAAAUCUGCACUGCUUUAUCCAACUCGGUUCUUGCAAUGUCAUGUGUUUUAACUAGGUAUUUGUUUCAUGGAAAAAAUAAACUGUGAAUAUUUUUGGUGGAGGCUAUUUUAAAUCUUUAAAACAGAGAACUUCUUAUUUUGAAUUAUUUUGUUCAGAUUCCUAGGGAUCAUGUAAGCAACUGUAACAACAGGGAUUCAUGCAGCAGCACAUUCUGAAUCUUUGGUUAGGAACUCCUGUUCAAACCAAUUUGAAAAUUUUGAGUGGCAUUUCAGAUCAGUUGCCCAGUGACUUAUUUUCUAUUACAAUUUCCCUGGAGAUCCACUCUUUACAGCCUCCCUAAACUACUUGCUUCAUAAAACAAGAAGCUGUUAAACUGAACUAAGCAGUGAAAUAGAAAACAUUGCAAAAGUAUAGAUGGAGCAUCUUGAAUGUUUUAUCAAGCACAACAGCACCUCUCCAAGUCCAGAGGUUAAUGUCCAGUUCAUUAAGCUAAGUAAAGACGCCACAAGGCAUAACUUCAGGAAAAUAAUGAGGUAGAAAUAGGAAUCACCACCCAGGUCUUGGUCAGCACAAGGUAAAGAGUUGCUGCCUCUGUGUAACAAGAUGGCCACAUGAGGCAGAAAAUUCUCCAUUAGGAGGAACGCCGGCCAAAUAGAGGCUGAGUGCUGCGUGCCCAAAAGAACAGAGCAAAUAAGGGUUGGAGAACAUAGAAUUUCCAGGUGCUAAAAAACAGUGUUGAAUUUAAAGUUGUUUGGGCAUAUUAAUUCUACUCUGCUCUUGGGUUAUGGUACCUUGCUAGAAAUGUGGGCAAAGUGAUGUUCCUCAAGUGCAAAUCUUUUACCUUGCCAUCAAGUUUACUUCAGACAGAAAAUGAGAUGGUCUAUAAUUAGAGUUUGGUGCGGGACAUGCAACUUUGGGGGAUGGGGGUCUGGGGACCAUAUUUGAAAGAUGGGCCAAGAAGCCACAUUCCAAAAAUUAAAUAGAUCAGGGAAUAGAGAAGGAUCUGGCUAGGACUCAAACUUAAUUUAAUUUGUGUGUGCGUGUAAAAAGCUUGGGUGACUGUAUAGAGCUGUAAAGCAUGCAAUUUGUGCCUCUCCAUUUUCCAGAGAUUUUUAUCUAAGCUUUUGGGAGAAGUGAAACUUAAAGCCUGCAGGUGCCUAGAUCUGUUUAAAAAAUCAUGAAGCUGUUAAAAGGUUUAUUUUUAAUGAAUGGGGUACUUGUGGGAGCUGUACAGUGUAAAACUAAAUUGAGGGCACUCCUUGGUCAGUCUUGUAAUGAUUAAAGUUUAAACAUAAGUUCUAGAGCUGCUUUCCUUUUCCAGAGGCUUGAAUAGGGCUUGUUGGAACAAUAGAUACAUGAUACACAGUUCUGAUAAUACUGAAAUAUAUGGAGAAUCCUGGCCAGUACAAUUCAGGAAUGUGCUGCUAACCAUGCCAUAGUUCGUGCUUCUCUGUUCCACUUUUCUGCAUUUUCCUGCAGGUGGUAAACCGACUGCAAGUCCUUUGAUUUAGGAUGUAUAGUUUCAAAGUGUGGGUGUAUUUUUAAUUGAAAGUGAAAAUUUAGAAUGAUACGUAACAUUCUUCAGCAUUCAUAUGUUUAUGCUAAAUUAAAGUCUUUCCUCCAAAUAUGCAUAGUUACUAAUGAGCUACAUGAAAAUAAGAGUUUAUUACCCCUGUGUUGAUAUGGGACAUUUUACAGUGUGGGUGAAUUCCCUGGGAUGCAAAAAUGUGGUGAGAUUAGAAAUGAGGGUUGACCGUUUAAGAACAUUGCAUUACAGGAACUGAGAUAAGGUUCACAUCAAAGAUCAAGAUGUUUUAGAGUAUUCAAAUAUUGACAGAGAGUUAUAUUAAAUAAUGGACACGCUUCUGUCUCCUUUUCUAGCUUUGAAAUGUUUAGCAUAUUCAAGAAGGUAGGGACCAGUGUGUAUGUGACAGCCAUGUGAAUGCGAUAGCCCUUUGUACGCAUUCUUUGUGGUCUUCAUGUAGUCACGUGUUUUGUGCUUGUGCAGAACAUCAUCUUGAAAAGUUGUAGAAAAUGGAGCUCAAAUUCAUCCUGCUCUCUUGAGUAGAUAAAUGCCUGAAGCUCUGUUCUGCUGAUCACUUGAGCCAAGUUACAGAGAGCACGCUCUUUUGUAGAUAAAGAUGAAAGACCCCCAAGGCAGCAGAAUAUCCCAGCGAUCACCUUUGGAUAAUACACGGUAUGGAGAUUUUACAUUUGUCAGGUCUGUGGUCCUUUGGAGAGAGAUACUUUUGUAAAAGCUUAACAGCCUACCCUAGUAUGUGUUCAAGAGAGCUUGGAGAGGCUCACUUAUAUUUGAGGGCUCAGAAGAGAAGUAAUGUUGAAAUAAAUUUUUUUGUGGAAGAGGAUCUGUGUUUAUCUGUUGCAGCAAAAAUAACUGCCUUGCAGCAUCUUCGAGACUAACGAAUUUAUGACAUAAGCUUUCCUAGACUGCAGCUCUUAAAACAGCUGCAGAACUACUAUUCAUACAUUUGAUGGUCAUUUACAGAAGUGAUGUUAAGCUUUAUAGAAUCACAAGUUGUCUUUAUGAAACUAAAAAAAAAAAUGGGUCAGGUGAGGAAAUUGGCACUUAGCAAUGCUAACGUAAGCUGGAGAAAUAAAAUUCUGUGUCUCCAAGCAAUAUGUAUUGUUUCAUCCUCAGGCAUGCUGGUUGCUGAUAGUGGAGAGGGCAUCAGUGGGAAUUAUAGCUAGGCAGAGCUGUUGCAGGAGAAGGCCUAAAGAAAGUCUAUGCAGUCAUGUCUCUCCAGUGCUUAAUUACUGUUUCUGCAUGGAUAAUAAAAAGGAGUCAACAGAGCAUAUUCCGGUAUUAAUGAAAAACAAGCCCAAUAUGGCUAUGCAGAGCUGCCCAAUUCUACAAAGAGCUGGCUGCCAAAAAAAAAUCUUCGGAAUACCUACAUUGGAACAAGAGGAAGUGUUUUUGGAUUAUGAAUUUAUUUCAUUUUGCUUCUCAUACCCAGUUGACUGUAUGUGAAAUUUAUGAUAAUUGGGGGAGGGGGGAAGGUUGCCCUACCCAGGCGUUCCCAAAAUAUGUACUGUAAUUCUUUGUAUAUAAAAGAACAUAAUUACUGUAAAGUAAAGUUUAACUUUACUCUUA